GCUUGAAAACAAGAGAGAGUCAACGACAUCAGAGUAAAAGAGAUAAAUAUAUAAUGUUGCCACCAAAAAUACAAUUUCGUAUUCUCCCUAAUAAUGAGCGUAUAAAUUGAUUUUUAAAGUAAAUUACCCUUGAAGAUACUUUUAGCUAUUAUUCUAAUGCCAAAAAAUAUACUUAGUUGAGAAAUAUUAGAUAUAAAAUUUAAUAUUACUUAUUAGAAAAUAUAUAUGGGGGAUUAUGUGUGGCAACACUAAUGUCCGGACGCCAUAUUGGUUUUGACAUUGUUGACGUCACAAGAAAAAUGUCUGCGGCCGGUUGCGCACCAUUUUAUCUUGUACUAAUGUUUAUUUGUAAUAAAUAAACUACUUCCAUUUAAUUCUACAUACAUUGAUAACGUUGAGUCGAGCUUGCUCCUCCGUUGCUGUGUUUUGGUGAAAUUAAGUGUGUAUUUGUGAGAUAUAGACUCGGUGUUGAGACAGUGACUUGUUUGAUUUUGUUUUGUGUUUAAUUCGCGAUGAGUUCACAAAAAGAAAACACAAGAAUCUGCUGCUUGUGUGGAUCUUCACCUUCUAAAGAUCCCAGCAUCACUUUGCAUCGGUUUCCAAAGCCUGGCACUAAAAAUGCUCUGCGUUGUGAAUUAUGGGCAAAGUAUUGCUUCCCAAACGAAGCCUGGUCUUCACCAAAAUUCCAGGACGCACUCCAUAAACAACAUAAGAUGCUAUGCAGCAAACAUUUCAAAAGCACAUGCUUUAAUGAGAAGAAGUUGUUCAGAACAGCUGUACCUGAUGUUCAAUGCCAAAAGGAUACAACAACUUCUAAUGUGCCAGAUCAAUCAAAACUUGGCAAGAUCGUUUUUCAAAAAUUUGUUUCAGCCCGGAACGAAAUACAUUGA